AAAAAUUAUUGAAAAUAAUAUGGCGGAAAGAAACAGUUAUGACGGUCGACAUUCGUCCAUUAGAGUUCGACAACCUGUAUUGCCGCCAAAUCUUGACCUCAAUUUUAUAAUCAGUAUGCUAAUAAAUUGUGAGACUCCUAGUCAGGGCGUAAAACUUCAUGAGAGUCAGAUAAGAUAUGUGUGCACGGAAGCCAGACCCGUAUUGCUGAGGGAGAGGACAAUGCUGGAAAUAAAGCCGCCCGUGAAGAUAUGUGGCGAUGUGCAUGGCCAAUUUGAGGAUUUGUUGAGGAUAUUGCAUGCAUCGGGAUAUCCCCCGAAUACCAAGUAUCUUUUCCUAGGGGAUUACGUGGAUCGCGGCAGGCUUUCGAUUGAAACAUUAACCCUACUUCUCGCCUAUAAAGUACGUUAUCCCCAAGUCAUGUGGCUGUUGCGCGGCAAUCAUGAGUGCGCCAGCAUUAAUCGUAUCUACGGGUUCUACGAUGAGUGCAAGCGUCGGUAUUCCGUGAAGUUGUGGCGCUACUUUGUGGAUACCUACGACUGUAUGCCAUUGGCGGCAUUGGUCGGUGGCAGAAUCUUCUGUGUCCAUGGCGGUCUUAGUCCGAGUCUGAAGAGCUUUGAAGAUAUACAGGCAAUUAAGCGACCUUGCGAAAUACCCGAACAGGGUCUUAUCUGUGAUCUACUCUGGAGUGAUCCGGAUGAAAAGGUGCUCGGCUGGGGUGGAAAUGAUCGUGGAGUUAGUGUUACCUUUGGUGCUGAUAUUGUUAAGAACUUUUGCUUUCGCAUGGGCAUCGAUGUCAUCUGUCGGGCCCAUCAGGUGGUCGAGGAUGGCUACGAGUUCUUCGCCCGGCGCCAGCUGGUAACGGUCUUUUCCGCUCCCAACUACUGUGGCAUGUUCGACAAUGCGGGAGCUGUCAUGGUUGUCAACGAUGAUCUGGUUGUCAGUUUUGUAAUCCUCAGACCGACUCAUUCGGUGAGACAGGGAAGUCUCCAGCCAAUGUUGGCAUUAGGAAAGAAUCGAAAUUACUAGUCAACUGCAUCAGUAUGUUACGGAAUAAUAAUUCAAGUUGUGUAGGUUAAUGUAUACUUAAUGUGCUUCAAAAUUUGAAGUAAAUAUUUUAUUAAAAACUAUCAUU